AUGGCUGCCAGUCUGAAAGUGUUCGAUGCCUUCCCAAAAAUAGAAGAUCAGAACAAGAAGAAAUCAACGAAAGGUGGAAUUACAUCAAUAUUGACAUAUGUCCUAAUUAUCUUCAUAGCAUGGUCAGAAUUUGGUAGUUAUUUUGGUGGGUUCGUUGAUCAACAAUAUAUAGUUGACGGAAUGCUGAGAGAAACUGUUCCAAUAAAUUUAGACUUAUAUGUCAAUGUCCCAUGUGAAUGGGUCCAUGUUAACGUUAGAGAUCAAACACUAGAUAGGAAAUUUGCUUCUCAAGAAUUGAAAUUCGAGGAAAUGCCCUUCUUCAUCCCAUUUGAUGUGAGACUUAAUGAUAACCCAGAGAUAGUGACACCAGAACUAGAUGAAAUUCUAGGAGAAGCCAUCCCAGCUGAGUUUAGGGAAAAAUUGGAUACAAGAAUGUUUUUCGAUGAGAAUAAUCCAGAUAAAAGUCAUUUACCUGAUUUUAAUGGGUGUCAUAUAUUUGGGUCUGUAAAUGUUAAUCAAGUAGCAGGUGAGUUACAGGUUACUGCUAAAGGACAUGGUUAUGCUGAUUAUCAUAGAGCACCAUUAGAAAAGGUCAAUUUUGCACACGUUAUAAAUGAAUUCUCAUUCGGUGAGUUUUUCCCAUACAUAGAUAAUCCUUUGGAUAACUCGGCCAAAUUUAAUAUGGAUGAUCCAUUAACUGCUUACGUAUAUGACACAUCAGUCAUACCAAUGAUAUAUAGGAAAAUGGGAGCAGAAGUAGAUACAUUCCAAUAUUCUGUGGCUGAACACCAAUAUAAGAGCAAAGAAUCAUCUAGCUCUAACUCAUUUAGAGUACCUGGUAUAUUUUUCCAAUAUAAUUUCGAAAAUCUCUCGAUUGUAGUGAGUGAUAGGCGUUUAGGUUUUAUCCAAUUCAUAGUAAGAUUGGUUGCAAUAUUAUCAUUCGCUGUUUAUAUUGCAUCUUGGCUGUUCAUUCUAGCUGAUAUGUUUAUUGUCAUCAUUAUGGGACCAAAAUGGUCCCUACGCUACCAGCCAUCCGAACAAUCUCAUGGUCUCUUAGAAUAA